CCAUAGCCUAGUGCAUAACAGAUAGCACCUUUCUAUACUCAAAUAAAUAAUUAUUUUACCUUACAUCAAAAUUUAUAAAUGUUUAUCAUCAAAUACUAAUUUAAUUAAAGCAAACUCUUUAAAAAAAAUUGGCUAAUUAAAAAUGAAAAAAUGGUACAAAAAUUGGUGUUUAGUUUUUUAUACAUUACUAUUUUUAUUAACAAUAUCAGUUAGUGAGAAAAAUGAUACUGACAUUGAAGAAAAUUUAUCAGAAGAAUUUUUGGAAAUUGAUGAAAUUAUUCCUGUGGAUUCAUUUGAGAUUAUAGAGGAAGUCGUAACAAUUCGACCAAUUAAAAAAAUUAAAAAAAAGAAUAAAAUUUUUAAAAAGCCACAUAUUAUAGAACCUGAUGCCGAAAUGCUACCAAUUCAUUAUAAAAGAAUUCAACCACCAGGAGUUGAUCAUAUGGAAAUGAUAUUUGCUCAUCCAAAUAAAUUUGGUUCUCAAAUUUAUGUUAAAUCCAUUGUUCCAGAUACAAAAUCUGACGAGGAUCUUUAUAAAAGCAGUAAAUUUAUCAAUGAAAAAUAUAUUCAUUCUACAUGAAAAUGAAAUUUAAUUUUUUUGUAAAUAUGUAUAUUGAAGAAUAAUAAUUUUUUAAAGAAAGUA